AUGAGCCCCCUGCCUCUUGACACCUACAGCGCCUGGAUUGACAAGAAGAGGGCGGCAGCCAUCAAGGAAGGCGAUCGACUGGCUCUAGAUCGGCUCAGUCAUAUGGCAGAACAUCUGCCAGAUGGCAACUCAUGGCUCCUUUGGGUCGGCAACCGCAAAAAGGCUUCCAGAUACGUCUUGUUCUUUCCAGGAGGCGGAUAUAUCGCCCCAGUCACACCGGGACACUUUGAAUGGUGCUUUCGUGCAUAUGUAGAAAGAGAAAGCGGCCACGAAGUCGCUGUGGCUGUUCUGCAGUAUACACUGUGCCCAGCUGCACGAUACCCAACACAACUCAUGCAAGCUACAUCGGCACUUAGGCACUUGAUGGACUCGGGUAUUCCUGCCAGCAGUAUUGUCAUUGGCGGAGACUCUGCUGGAGGUAAUUUAACGGCGCAGCUGCUGAUACAUCUUGCACACUCGGCAGCCCCCAAUCGCCUUCCGGAGCCUUUGGCUGGUGCAUUCCUGGUGUCGCCCUGGUUGUCGGGCAAUACCAACGGGCGUUCCUUCUCAGAGAACCAAUUCAUUGAUAUGCUUUCUAGAGAACAUAUUGAGACUUCAUCACGGGAACUUUUGCAUACACAGCCAACACAAGACGACUUGAAAGGUGGCCAUGGCGAGUGGGCUUUGCCACUGGACACGGAUCGAAAAUGGCUGAAUGGCUUGGCCCAAACUACCCGAGCACUUUAUGUUACAGUGGGCGCGAACGAGGUGUUGAGAGAUCAGGGCAUCCUGUUCGCCGAGACGAUUCGCAAGAGAAAUGAGACAAUCAAUGUCCAGUUAGAGAUUUUGGAGGCUGAUGCCCAUGAUUCUGUGCUUCUCGAGGGGUUCGGCGCUUUGCUCGCUAUAGGAAAGAAGGAGUAUGACCUACCACCACAGCUCGCCCGCCACCGAGCGGAGAUCGCGUCAUACUUUAGCUCUUGA